AGCGGUUGCAGAGAGGUGCUGCAGAUGUGAAGAGUGGAGAGAUGCUCUUGAGUUGCUAUACUGACGCUAGCUUCAACUCAGUGAAAGCGGAUGGCACCAGCAUUGGGGUUAUGUGUGCUUGCUAGGAGGUGGUGCUGUGAGCUGGCGCAGCAAGAAGCAGAAUGAGGUGGGAUUGUCCUCAUGUGAGACUGAGUACAUGGCCUUACACCAUGGGGCCAAGGAAGUAGUGUGGCUAAGGCGUUUGUUGGAGGAGUUGGGAGUUGGUCAGGAGGAGCCGACAGUUGUGUUCUGUGACAAUGAGUCUGCUGUGAAGCUCGCCAAGAAUGCUUGUCUGCAUGGGCUGACAAAACACAUAAGGCCUAAGUGGCACUGGGUGAGGAGACUCCUUGAUAAGGAGGUGCGGCUGGAGAUAGUGAAGACCCAUCAGCAGGCAGCAGAUAUUUUCACUAAGCGUCUGGCGGAGGCGGAUCAUUGGAAGGGCAUGAAGCUUGCUGGGAUGAGUGUGCAUUGAGUAUGCAUGCUUGAGAUGUGGUAUGGUCGAUGAUGGUUGGCAGCCAGAGGGGGAGAUUGUUGUGUGAUGUCAUCAUAUGUUAUCACAUUCUGUCUGCCUCCCAUCCCUUGUUUCAAUUCGCACGUAUGGUUUGACUGUGUGUGAAAGAAUUUGUGUGGUGUGUGUUCUGGAGUUUGGGAAUGUGUUUUGUGUUAUUCUGUCUGAGCAGGUAUUUUGAUAAUAGAUCUUGAGAAGAUCUUUCCGACGCAACAAGAAUCGCUUCAAUCGGAGCAAGAACGCGAAAGCUAUGAAGAUUCAAAGUUCAUGAGCUUGCGUUACAAUUGCGGCGGUUACUAAGUGAAGUUGUGGGGUGACUUUAUAUGGAGUUGGGACCUUUGGGGUUGGGGAAAUUCGUCACUCUACUGUAACAGCUGCAAAUUGGUUGGGAACAACCAAGCUAGGUUGGCAAGGGUGGCCAACUUGGAUGGAUUGGUUGGGAAGGGACAAAUGUCAAAGUUGGGGUUCCUAUAGGGAGGGAAUCUUUGUGCUUAUGGGGUUUCCUUGGUUGGGGACUCUCUUGGGACCUUCCCUCUCAUCCCUCUCUUCUAUCCCAACCUUUCUCUUGCUCCUUCUAAUUCCUUGUGAGAUUCUUGAACUUUGAUUGAACUCUUGAGAUUGAGUUAAGUUCU